UCGGUAUCAAUCAAUCGCUGAACGAAAGCCAAGUCGUUCACUUUUUUAUUAUGAUUGGAAUAUAUUUGUUGAGAGCCAUUCUUUUUUUGGCUUUGCAAUGCAGUCCCAGUGAGAUUGUUCUGCAAUGUCCAGCUCUUUUCGACAGUUGGUCCAUACGACCGAGCGCAUAUUCACAGGGCACAAGAAGACAGUCACCUGCAUAGACAUUCUCGACGAUGUGCUGUUCACGGGCUCGGCGGACGGCAAGGCACGCGCGUUUGACAUUCGCACGGGCGCCCUCAAGCACACGUUCGCUGCCAACGGCCAUUCCUCCGCAAUCACAUGUCUGGCGCUCGUAAGACAUCCAGGGUUUGUCUUGAACCCACUCGCCGGGGGGACAACCACGCCGGCAGCGGCGGGCUCCACCUCCACCUCGUCAUCUCAACCAGCGACCACUAGCUCCACCACAACAUUUACCAGCUCAUCCUCACCAACAAUAACAACAGCAACAACAACAACAACAGCAACACCGAGCGCUGCCGCGAGCUCGAGUGCAGCUCCUACAACCUCCAGCUCAAAGGCACCAGCUCACUCAUCAUCCGCACCUGCAUCCGGGUUGCCCGACUUUGCACCAACAGACACUACUACUACUACUGCUACUGCUGCUGCUAUUGCUGCAGCGGCGUCGCCCGAAACAGCUCCACCACUCUUCCUCUUCACGGCAGGCAACGACAAAACCGUUCGGGUUUGGAACGCGACAACAGGUCAGUGCUUGCGUGUGUUUCGAAAAGCCCACAGCGGCUACAUUUACUGCCUCUGCGUCGACGUGGAUCGAGGGCGCAUGUACACUGGCGCAGGAGACCACCUCAUUGUCGAGUGGAACUUGCUCGACGAAAGCAAAUGGCGCGUGUUCAAGGGACAUACAGACUGGGUGCGCGACGUGAAGGUGCCCAUGGGAACCCGCACCCUGUUCAGUGCCUCCAACGAUGGCACCAUUCGGCGCUGGAACCUGGAAACCGCCGUGCCAGACGCCACCAUCUGGUGCGAAGCGUCUCGUGCCUUUUGCCUGUGCUUUGGCGACGAUCGCCUGUUUGCUGGCAUGUCCGACAAGCUGGGUCGCUGCCUCGACCCUCGCACGGGUGGCCUGUUCCAGCAGUAUGUCGGUCACAAAGGCCCCUUGCUGUGCCUCGACGUAUCCGGUGGGAUUGUCGUCACCGGCUCGGGCGACAAGAGCGUCCGCUGCUGGGACGCCGUCACGGGCGUUUGCUACUCUGCCUAUGUCGGGCACUCUGACUGGGUGCGCUGUGUCAAAAUCUAUGGCAAUUUGAUCUUCUCUGCAAGCGACGAUUGCACCGUCCGCUGUUGGGCGCUCAGCUCGACCGACAUGGACAGCGCGUUUGGCGGCAGCACCCUGCACGACCAAGACACGCUUUCGUUGCGUUCGCGAUUCUCUCACACAGAGCCCGCCGGCUUCCAACGGCGAAUUGGAGCGUCCUUUCACAGCUCGCCCGGCCACUUCAAUGAUGGAGCAACAAGCAUCCAUCGCAUGCACAAUUACGAUGGCGUCUCGCUGCAUUCCGCAGCAUCCCUCACAAGCGGGCUGGCGCCCGUGUCGUCUGGUCCCGUCAUUGACGCCAUCACUCAUAACAACGCAAUGGAAGCAAUGCGCAAGCGCCAGCUCGAGCUGGAGGCGACUGUCGCGCAGCAGACGUCUCUCAUCGCGUCGUUGGAGCGGCGGCUCGAGACUGCGAUCGCUGAAAAGCACACACUCGAGAGAACGCUUGAGUGCGCCUCAGCCUCGCAUUCCGAGCGACUUUUCGCGGCGGUCGACGCUUGUGCCAGCGCGCCUCGCCAGUCCGACGCAGCUGCUUCCGGCGAUGCAUUCCGACACUUGGCCGACAUCCGACAGUCGGUUCAUCAUCUGGAACAAGCACUGACCGCCCGCCACCACGCAACCGCCACUCCGACCUCGGAACCGCGAGACUCGGCUCCGGGCUCCUGUGCUGCAUCCUUGCACGAGACAUCGACUUGAAGUUGCCUACACCUGUUAUUAGCUGCUUUGUUUUUUCGUCUGUUACUUUUUUUCUCCCGCCCUCUCCUCACUCCGCAUAACAUUACCUCAUCCUUAUUCUUAACACCCUCAUCAGACCUAUUUUUUGUUUUGUUUAUUCAGACUGUGUUGCUGCGCAAUAUGCCUUUUUUUUGGUGGUGGUUGUAUCGUUCGACUGUUGUUGAUAUUAAUGCAGAAAC